AAUGCAAAAACAAAGAAAUACUUACCGCCGACUUUGGCCGACUUUGUUUUCUUUUCUUGAUUUGAGUUUUUUUGUUGGUUGUGUGAAUGACUUCAUGUUUAUUUGAAAAAAAGAGGCAAAAUGUUUACUAGGCCGGUACAGUUCCACGAGUUUCUGACUCACCAUGGUUUCAUAGACGAUAUUUAUAAAGCCAUGAAUAAGUCGGAUUUAGCUGAACCAGUUAUGACUGUCUUAAAUAUAUUAACAAAAACAAACAGUUUACCACCACUUCUGAAAGAACCAAAAUCAGAAUCGAAGUCCACUGCAUUCCGCAAUGAAGGUAAUCAAGCUUAUGGUAGUAAAAAAUAUCAGAGGGCUCUCAUUUGUUACAACAAAGCUCUGCUAUAUGCUCCAAAGAAUUCUAGAGCUAUGAAAUUGGCAUACAGUAAUCGGUCUGCCUUACUACUCAAAGUCAAGUCAUUUUCUGCGUGUCUGAGUGACAUAGAGACUUGUUUUUCUAUGGGCUGUCCCCUAGAAAUAAUUGAGAAACUUAGGAAAAGGAAAGAUGAAGCACGUAGUUAUCUUUGGGUGGAACGAUUGGCUAAAGAUGCAAGAUCUACAGUUUUCACUAAAGAGUAUUUUAAAUGUAAUAUGAAACGUAACCCUCAAAUACCCUGUGCUACCACCAACGUUGGAAUCAUCUUGGAAGAUCAAGUGCCAAAAGUUGUUGCAACAACUGAUAUAAAAGUCGGGGUAGUCUUAGCUGUAGAAACAGCUUUUGUAAGUCAAAAUGAUCCCCAGAAUGCUGUUUUUUCUUGCUACUAUUGCCAUAAGAUGAGUUUGAAUUUAAAGCCUUGUGAUGGGUGUAAUAUUGCCCUAUUCUGUAAUGAAAACUGUAGAGAAAAUUGUAUGAGGGAGUAUCACAGUAUUGAAUGUCAGAUUAUUGAAGUGCUUGAUGCUUUAUACUCGGGCUCCAUGUUAAGAAUGGCUGUAAAAGCAGUGUUGAAAAUGAAAAAUAUGUCAAAAUCUUGGAGUGAUUUUAUAGCGGCGUCUCAUACAACUGGCAUGAACAGAUUAAAGACAAGUUCUAUCAAUGAAAUUUAUGAUUCAAACUACAAAUAUUCCCUCCUGAACAUUAAGGAUGAAAGACAUUUCUUGCACGGCCCAUUGUAUAAUGCUUGUUUCAAUUGUGCAUCAAUUGUGCAUUAUUUGGAAAAAGUAUCUUGUUUUCUGCCCCAGCCUGCUGAUGAAAGAAAAUCGGCUCUACAGGCCCUGGCUAGGAUGUUGAUGUUUUUGACUUUAUAUUCCACCCACACCCAAGUUAUUAUGGUUGUAGCAGUAAAUGAAGUGGAGAAAACCGAAUUUCACGACAUAGCCAAUUAUGGUUGGUUCUCUUUCAUUGGCAAAUUGAGAAACUCUUGCAAUCCAAAUGUGUUGGCUGUCGGACUGAAUAAGAAAACAGCUUUAUUAGCUAUAGCACCUAUCAAACGUGGCACCGAGUUGACAAUUUCUUAUGUAGGCCAUUGGUUGGACAAUUCAACAGAUAAAGAAAUAAGACACAAAAACAUGUUCAUACUCUGCGGAGUUGUGUGCAACUGUGUUGUUUGCACUGGAGAGUAUGAAUUCUUCAACAAUGCGAAACUAACAGACGUGCAGAAGAAGAAUGUUCGCAAAUUAAACUUAGAAGAAAUGGGGGAACAAAGAAAUUGGAAUUGUAUUCCAGAAAUAUUUGCAAAGUUGUGCAAGACUUUGGCUCUUCUCAGUGACUUGCCUUACUCAGAUGAAUAUGCCAAAGUUUACACACUUUUCAGAAGAUGUGUCUUGUGUAUUCAAGAUCUAACUACAGAAAAUUUAAUGUUGGAUUAUGUUUAAGUUUUUUAAGUACAAGUUAAUAAGUAUGUAAAUAUUUUAAUAGCCCUUCACAUUAGAUGUUAGCAAUCGCACGGUUUAAUCGUGAUACUGUACGUGCUAGGUAUUUUUAUAACUAGUUGAUUGUGUCCUAAUGCUGAGCAAAGUUCUUUGUUUACUUCUACUUUUUCUUAACCUGACAGAUGUUUAACUGACCCCUACAAAUGCAUCCUACAUCCAGGUCGUCUUUCCAUCUUUUGGGCCUGCCUCCGCUGCGAGGCCUUUCUAUAGGUAUACAAUUAGGUUGCGAGUAUACAAGAGCGAUUUGGUCCUAAUACCGCGGUGAACCCACGUUAAAAAUGACGGCUAUUUUAGUAGGUAUGGUGGCGCAACUAAGCCGCCUAAUAUGAAGGGACUCGUUAGGAAAACUCAAUUAUAGUUAGUAUCAUCCUGUAUCAGAAAAGACAUUAAAAAAUAUGAACGACUUUUUUAAAAACCUUCACAAGUUUAUUUUAACUAGGUGCUUAGUCUGUCGAGAUGUUAUUUUUUUAUUUGUAGCUUUUAAGCUGUAACAACUUGGAAAUUAAGACGUUGAUUUGUAUUUGAAUAAAAAGUCAAGCAUA